UUCAGAGUGUGGAGCGGUUUAGAGGCUCCAAACCUCGGUUUGACCCACAUUCAACCUGAACUCAGUGGAGGGGGGUAGAACUGAGCCGGGCUGACACCAGUUUGGCGUGUUUUAAAGACGUGAAUGUUUAACCCGCCUGACUAGAGAUAGCGGCAGGAACAGUCCGGGUCCAUGUAGGCCACCAGGAGCUCCCUGCCUCACCUGCAUCAGGUUUGCUGGGGAUCGUGGAUGUGGACGCCGGCAUGGCGGCGCAGACGGGCGGAGACGACGUGUUGGAGUACCUGCAGCAGAACCCGCAGCUGGCCGUGUGGCUGGACUCUCUGAGAGUCUUCUGCGAGAGCAGCAAGCAGUGGUCCGCCCGGAGGGAGUUCAUCCUGCGGAACAUGCCGGCGUUCCCCGCCGUGCAGCCCGGAACCUCCAGCCGCAGCCUAGACCGCCUACUGUCCCUGUCCAUGGUCUGGGCCAACCACGUCUUCCUGGGCUGCAGCUAUCCUCCGAGUGUCAUGGACAUGAUCAAGGAGAUGGGGGAGGGCAUAACCGUCCAGGACGCUCCCACCCACAAGACAGCGAAGGCUAAAGGAAAGCGGAUCGCUGCCACAGAAGGGGAUGGUGACAGCUGCGUGAAAAGGAACAAAGUUGGAGCCAAUGAUGUUGACACACGGUCUUCUGGGAGGACGACGAUUCGGCCUUCCAGUCACAAGUCGGCGCCCCCCCCACAGGCCCCGGCAGAGCACCAGCCCUUCUUCAACCGCCUGUAUAAGACCGUGGCGUGGAAGCUGGUGUCGGCAGGAGGCUUUGGCCCCAACCUGGACCAUUUUGAAGUCCUGCGCAGCUGCGUGGAGUCAUGCAAACAAACUCUGACAUGCGUAUUUGUGCCGCUGAAGGACAUCACGGGCCUCCCCGCGGGUCGCACACAGAAGGAGGGGCAUGUGUGCGAACUCCGCUGUCAGACGGUCUACAUGGGCACCGGCUAUGGCCGCGAUGAGUCCGCCGCCAGGGCCAUGGCCUCCAAAGAAGCCCUCAAAGUCUUUCAGGGGAGGAAAGUGACGGUGAAGAUCUGCAGGCGGAGGUUCCGGGGGAGAGACGUGGACGACCUGAUGCUGCUGGACGAGCAGCCAAGGAGUCAAGGCUUCCCCCCCGCCCUCAGCUACCCUUUCCAGGAGGAGGUGCUGGAGGGGGGCUCUCCACAGAGGAGCGCUGUGUGACUCCUGCCAGCCUCCAAAUCAUCAUUCCAUACCUCCUUUCAUAUUCCAGACACCACGCUGCCCCCCACCCCCACCCCUUUAGAAGCCCACAGCAAAAAGUUUUUAAGAGUUUGAGUCCAGGAGAAAGAAGGUGCUGCUUUUCUUAUUAUGAAGCUUUUAUUUGCAUCAACAUGAACAGAGCAACUGCUGGGAUGAAGAUGCUCCUCCCCAGGCAUACAUGGCAACAACAACCUGCGUCUUUGUGGGAUUUAUUUUCACCCCUAGUUCUAAUCGUGAGCGUUCUUUCCUGUAACAGGCAGUGAGUUUGUUUCUGCUGCAUUUGGGAGCUAACAUGAAGGCUGUGAAGGUGUCCUGUUCUCCCGGCUCCUCCUCACACAUGUUUGUGAUGUUCCCGUGUGCUUGUUCUUCAAACCUUCAGCUGGAACACAUGUCUGUUCUGUUUCUCCUCUUGUUUUAUAGAGCCUUUGAGGCCUGGAGCUGCAGCUCUCUGCUGUCGUGUUUGCAGAUGUUAGUGAGCUCUUGUUGGCGAUUUGUGUCACUUGGUGCUUUCUGAUUGUGUGUUGCUAUACUGUGAGUCAUUUGCUCAUUAUUGCUGGUCAGUCUAGUCAAAGCAGCAGUGACAUUCAUGCCCCCCCCCCCAGCUGAGCCUGACUUAAAUAAAUGGCACACCUGCAGGCUUUUGAGCCGUCACACGGCGUUUCCUUCAUCCGUCACGAAGCAGGAGACGGUGAGAGCUGGCCCUCACUUCCUGCCUACACACAUUCAUUUUCUGGAUAUCUGGGACACACACAGUCACAGACACACACAAGGCUGCAGUCUGUUUGUUAGAUCGUUUCUGGAACACACCAGCAGGAGGCAGCAUGCCUCGUUUAUUCUACAGUUUCAUCGGUGAGGAGUUUUAUUGUUUGUGUUCUGGAUGGUUUUGUCUCAAACAUGAAGACCAUAACAAUUGCAACCAAGGUCAAAGUGUAACACGCUGAGAUUAAAAUCGGAUGGAUUUGUAUUUAAUUUAAUCUGUUAACUCUGUCUGAGAUACCCUUUGUUGGAAUCUGAUGCUUAAUAAACAGAAUUGAUCACAUUUAAAGGA